AUGACGACCCUAAGAGCUGCCUCAAGGCGGCUGCUCACCCCAAGGCUGUUUUUAUCCUGGAAGCCACAAGCGUCUUCCAUCCAAGUACGUCCUGUGCUUGCUAGUGGCCAUAUCACAUCACGUUUCCCAGCGCCAUGCGCUAUUCGCCAUAGCUCGCACUCCCCAUUGGGAGGAGCACCGGCCAGCUCGCGGAAAAUGAUAACCGUGCAAACCUUACGGAACCUUCAUAAGAAGGGGGAGCCUAUUACAAUGCUCACCGCGCACGACUUCCCGAGCGCGUAUGCUGCUGAAGCUGCCGGGAUGGAAGUGAUCCUCGUUGGCGACAGUCUAGCAAUGGUAGCGUUAGGCAUGCAUGAUACCAGCGAAAUAACGCUCGAAGACAUGUUGCUGCACUGCCGGAGUGUUGCUCGGGCGGCCCAGACUGCAUUCACAGUUGGAGACAUGCCUAUGGGGUCUUAUGAAGUGUCUCCAGAGCAAGCUCUUCAAUCGGCGAUUCGAAUUGUCAAAGAGGGCCGCGUUCAAGCGGUUAAGCUCGAAGGUGGGGAAGAAAUGGCCCCAACAAUCAAGCGCAUCACAUCAGCCGGGAUCCCGGUCGUAGCGCAUAUUGGGCUUACGCCUCAACGCCAAAAUGCCCUUGGAGGGUUCAGAGUUCAAGGAAAGUCCACGGCCGGCGCGUUGAAACUGUUGACAGAUGCGCUUGCUGUGCAGGAGGCCGGUGCGUUUAUGAUGGUCUUGGAGGCAGUGCCCGCCGAGAUUGCCAGCAUCAUCACGCAAAAACUCAAGGUGCCAACCAUUGGUAUUGGAGCCGGUAACGGCUGCUCCGGACAAGUUCUGGUUCAGAUCGAUAUGGCCGGAAAUUUCCCGCCUGGCCGGUUCCUACCUAAGUUUGUCAAGAAAUACGCCGACGUCUGGGCCGAGACAGUCAAAGGUAUUGAGCAAUACCGGACUGAGGUGAAAAGCCGGGCGUAUCCUUCCGAGCAGUACACUUACCCUGCUCCCGAGGAGGAUGUCGCUGAGUUCCGACGAAUUGUUGACGAGAUACCCGAAAAGAAGUGA